UAACAAGGAAAGAAGCAAUCUCUCUGAGCAGAGAUCGGCGGUGGCCUCUCGGGAUAUCUGUGACAACAGAGACCCUCAGCAGAAAUGAACGCCGCCCCCCCUGCAGGAAGCGCCCUGGCCCCCGGUGGAACAGCCGGCCCCACCACACCCAAGAAGGGACCACCCAAGUUCAAGCAGAGGCAGACCCGUACAUUCAAGAGCAAAGCCCCGAAGCCAGGCCAGAAGGGCUUUGGCGACGAUAUCCCCGGCAUGGAGGGCCUUGGCACAGACAUCACAGUGGUGUGCCCAUGGGAAGCCUUCGGCGACAUGGAGCUCAGCGACUUGGCCAAAUACGGUAUCAUCUAAACCGGCUGCCUCCCGCCUUCCUCGCCUGCGUGCACCUCUCCUCCGUCCGGCCCUCUCCGCCCUGCCUUCUCUCCGCCCCAGCUCGGCACGCCAUGAUAAGACUGCCAGCGAACCCCCUAAUGCCCUCUCGUCUAUCUACCUCAUGCCUCGCUCCACUAAGUGGAAGGAGAGCAUAAAUCAUGAUGUUAUUUUUGUAUGAUUAUAUGAUAUUUUUUUAUAGUAUAUAUAUAUAUAUACUUGGAAUGAGAAGACGAGAAAAAUAAAAAACCCACAUACCGUAUUCCCCUCCUCAUUCGGACUCCCCUCU